CCUCGCAACGCAUUUCAGGACAGAACCCUAAGCUGGGUCGGCCAAGUAUCAGGCCCUCGGUCCUGCCAGCGGGAACCAGCCAUCUCUCCCUCGGACCCCAAAGGCCAUACUCCAGCCCUCUUCUCUCUCAGACCCGGGAGUCUGGGUCCCCCGGCCAUCAUCUGGACAUUUCUGCCCGUCGGUCACACUGCCGAAUCCCAACACCCCUUGUCCUGGCUCUGGCCUCCCUCCUUCCUCACAUCCAGAAGUCCAGGCCCCAACCCCCUCCUCCCUCGGACCCAGGAGUCCAGAUCCCCAGCCCCCUCCUCCCUCAGAUCCAGGAGUCCGGAGCUCCGGUUUGAACUUUCCACUCCCCUAAAUCCGACUCCCGCUGCUGCGUCAGGGAAAAAAUAAGCGACAGGUGGCACCUGCCCGCAGGGCCGGGUCGCGACCACCUGCUCCCGCUGCUCACCCGGCGCCCCUCUCCAGGCACCUGCUUCUGUCAGUCCGCCUGCCGCUGCCUCGCCUGAGCCCCACAGCCCCAGGCCGCGGAGGAGGGAGAGACUCGGGGAACCCCGACGUUCGCCCCCCCCCUCAGUGCCACCCAGACCGUGCUCCCGCCCCUUCUCAGGGUCACGGGCGGAGCUUCUGUCUGCCCCGCCCCAUUUCACAGGCUCCUGCUCGCCCUACAAAGGGGUGUCCUGGGCGGUCCCGGGCUGGUGGGGCGGAGCCUACGGCCUCCAGCCUUGACCUGGGGACUCAACCCGCCCCGGAGCACUACUGGCCGGAGCCCACCUGUCCAGGUCACCAUCACAGCCUUGGCAAUGACCCUCGCGGCUUCCUCCCAGCGCUCCCAAAUCAUUCGCUCCAAGUUCAGAUCUGUCCUCCAGCUUCGGAUCCACAGACGGUAUCAGGACCCAAAAACCAGGAGUGCUGGCUGUCCCAGCAGAACCCCAGAAAGCUGCGAUUCGCAGCCAUCACACCCCUUGGUGACUAAGGACGCGAUUCCUGCCUUCCUUGAGAAUAUACAAGUCUGGCUCCCUAGAACCUCUGCCUUGCAGGCUCCUGGGGUUUCACUCCUUGGCCCCGCCCUCUCACGCCCGCGGUGGGGGGCUGUGGCCUGCAGGACCCUCCUUCCCACACAGCCUUGUUCCUCCCUGCCUGGCUUGCUAUCUGCAGGCGUCUCGGGGUCCCUCACCACCUCUUCAGUCUUGGAUCCAGAUCCAUGGGUCUCAGCCACGGGCCCUGCCCUGGCCCCAGCCUCGCCCUCGGGUCCCACUCCUUUCCUCUUCAGUCCUGGGGACCUGCUCCCUGAAUCAGAAUAUGGCCCUUGGAGGUCCCUGAAGGAGUCUCCUAAGAUCUCCCAACAUUGGAGAGAGCCCAAGCCAAAGGGGAACUUGACAUACCACCAGUACAUGCCCCCGGGGCCGAGACAAGGGUCCAGGGUCGACCCCCAGGCCAAAAUGUUGGCUCUGGGUCCCCCUGGACCACCUCUGUGGGAAGGGACAGACUCCCAGCGGCCACCUCCCAGGAUGAAGCCCAUCCCCCUCACUCCCUCCCCGCCUGGAGUCCCCAGCGCCUCGCCCUCUCCACACAAGUUGGAACUUCAGACCCUUAAACUGGAGGAGCUGACGGUCUCAGAGCUCCGGCAGCAGCUGCGCCUGCGGGGCCUCCCGGUGUCGGGGACUAAAUCGAUGCUCCUGGAGCGCAUGCGCGGCGGCGCCCUGCCCCGCGAGCGGCCGAAGCCGCGACGCGAGGACAGUCCCGCGAGCGCUCCCUGGCCGCGCCUCAGGCCCAAGGCUCUGGGAGCAGUCCGGCGGCCGGGCUCGCUCAAGUCAGGCCGGAGCUGUCACCCUCCGCCUCUUCCACGUGCCGCGGAAACCCAGCCGACUGCGCCGGCUCCCGCGCGGGCUCCGGCGCUGACCCCUGCCUCGGCACCGUCCACGGCGGCCCCGAGUCUGGAGGAGGAGCUGCAGGAAGCCAUCCGCAGGGCGCAGUUGCUUCCGAACCGGGGCAUUGAUGACAUCCUGGAGGAUCAGAUGGAGUCCGAUGGAAGUGGCUAGCCCUGGGAAGGGCAGUCCCCUCCGCACUGUCCACAAAGCCGCAGAGGCCAGAGCACCAGAAAAACAGGAAAUAAAAAGGCAGAAUGGAUGCAUAAAGCACGCAGAAGCUGGGGGCUGGGUGCCCAGGACCGGGAAGAGGGAUCUGUCUGCGGGCGCCUGGGCCGCCACCAGCCGUGUCCACUGCGGGUGGAAAAGGACCGUGAGAUCAGUUACGUGCGACGGGACCCGGAGCCGGCGACGUCCCCUUGCCUUGCUGUCAGUUUGCUCCUGUGGCACUCCAGCCCAGUGCGGAUGAGAGGUGCGCCGAGAGUUCCCACGAGCUGGACGUGGCGUGGGAGCCACGCUGAUGAGUGUCCCCCACCGUUCUUAGCUGCUGAUCAACAAUUCUAGUUCGCCAGUGUUGGAAACCCUGGUGGGCGUUCAAGAGUCACGACAGGACAGGCGAGGGGACUAGCGCUCGCGACCGCGAGGGGAAGGCGAUCUCUGGUGUCUUCCGAGCAAUCCGGGAGGAUCUGUCCUCCUCACUUUGCAGAUGAGAUCGCGGAAGACCAGAGGAGGGGGGUGCGGCCCGCCGUGUCACACAGACGGGGAGGUGUCAGAGAGGGGCUUUAAAUCUGAUUCAUGAGUCCACAGCCUGUGCCUGCGUUGAAACAAAAAAGAGCCUCGCUGUCUGCUCUGGGGAGGUUCAGACAUUUGCAAAGAGAGAGUUUCAGUGCAGGGUGCUGGGUAUUUUCAUGGUACUCCUAGAAAGUACCAGGAGCCGAGGGGAAUGGGUAGGGUGGCCAGAGGACCGGUGUGGAGGACUGUGGUCCUUGCGGAGAAGGUGUGAAGGGCGUGGCCACGGGGCAGUGGGGGUGGGGGGAACCUUGUGAGGUCGGGGCUUCAGGAACAAAAGGUGGGUGGCAGCUGGGGGCUGCAGGAGCCUUUGUGUCCGGCCGAACACUGGUGGGAAAGGGGUGCCUUCAGUCCUGGAAAGAUCCAGAAGGGGUGCGGCGGGGCUUCUCCCAUCUGCCUGCACAGGCUUGGGUAGAGUGUGCAUGUUUACCCCAGAGCCGGAGAGAGAGGCUUGGGCCCCACGCUCCCCACUGCCCGUCACUCAGCCUUUCUCCAGACAAUUCUGUUGCUCUCUCCUGCCCCCAGCGAGAGAGAGGGCUGGACCAAAGUGGGGCACAGGAAGGUGGGGAGCCUGAGCUGCCCCAGGGGAGCCCCUGAACCGCGUUAUCGUCCUAUACCAUCUCAGUAGGCACGGGAGAAAGGCCAAGGAUAUAGUCAACAGAUUGCCAAAAUUAUCAAUUUAUCUUAAAAAAUGUUUGUUUGUUUGUUUGUUUGUUUGUUUUUGAGAGAGAGAGAGUGCACAUGAGCGGAGGAGGAAGGGGCAAAGAAAGGGAGGCAGGGGAUCAGACACGGGCUCUGCGGUGACAGCAGAGAGCCCGACUGGGGGCUCGAACCCACGAACUGUGAGACCAUGACCUGCGCUGAAAUCCAGAGUCAGUCACUUAAAGGACCGAGCACAGGCACCUCUGUGAUUUCACGUAAAAAAAAAAAAAAAAAAAAAAAAAAAAAAAUGGAGAAUAAGGGUGGUAUGACGUCAUCGACGGUGCAAGAUACAGGAUAGGAGGCAACUGAGACCGAUGUGUGUGCUCAACAACCCCCCCCCCCCAAAUUCUAUACUAGACUAUCCAUCAGCUAUGUUAUGAGCCUACUGCAGUUAAGAACUGGGAAUCAGUGUGGGCUCUCUAGGAAGAUGUACAGGUUACUAGUUUUUCUGUUUAUUAGUUUGCCCAGUUUAUCAGUUUACUGGGGUUUGGUGCGUGUGUGUGUGUUCAUUAAGAAACCAGGGCGCCUGGCUGGUUCAGCUGGUAGAGCAUGUGACUCUUGAUCUAGGGGUUGUGAGUUUGAGUCCCAUAUUGGGUGUAGAGAUCACUUUUA